AAUAAAGAGGCUGUGAACCUUCCAUUUAUUAGCUGCAGAUACUUAUGAAAUUGCAGAUUUAUGGGAACCAGUAUUCUGCUCUUAAUGAUUCUAGUCUGGGUCUGUCAUUUCCAGAUGAUGCGUAAGGUGAUGCCAACCAUCAGUGAAGCCGAAGGCUCCCCAGGAGGAAGUGGGAGCCAUGCAUCCGGCUCCCCUUCAGAGGCAGACGCAGAUUCACAUAUUGAACAGUUCAUGGUCUCCAUGCUAGAAGAAAGGGACCGACUUCUUGACAAUCUUAGAGAGACUCAAGAAACGCUGGCAUUAACCCAGGGGAAAUUACACGAAGUUGGUCAUGAAAGAGAUUCCUUGCAGAGACAGCUCAAUGCUGCACUUCCACAGGAGUUUGCUGCACUUAUGAAGGAACUGAAUGAAGGCAGGGAACAGCUUCUCGAAAGGGAAGAAGAAAUUGCUGAACUGAAAGCAGAAAGGAACAACACCAGGCUGCUUUUAGAACAUCUCGAAUGCCUUGUCUCUAGGCACGAGAGGUCUCUCAGGAUGACCGUUGUGAAGAGACAGGCACACUCCCCAGCAGGUGUGUCCAGCGAAGUCGAAGUGCUCAAAGCACUGACGUCGUUGUUUGAGCACCACAAAGCUCUGGAUGAAAAGGUGAGAGAGAGAUUACGAGUAGCACUUGAAAGGUGUAGUCUGUUAGAAGAAGAAUUAGGUGCCACACACAAAGAGCUAAUGAUUCUUAAAGAACAGAAUAAUCAGAAAAAAACACUAAGAGAAGGAGCGCUUGACAUGAACCAGGAACAAGAAAAUCCUCUGAGCACGAAUGGAAAGAGAUCUUCUGAUGGUUCGUUAAGCCAUGAGGAGGACUUUGCUAAAGUAAUAGAGCUCCAGGAAGUCAUAGACAAGCAAUUGAGGGAACAGAGCCAAAUGAAAGAGCACCUGGCCGCCCUCUCCAGUCGCGUGGCAGAGCUGGAGGAAGAUCUCUACACGGCCAGGGAAGACUUGAUCAAAUCUGAGGAGAUGAACACGAAAUUGCAACGGGACAUCUGCGAAGCGAAGGCCCAAAAGGAAGACAUGGAAGAGAGAAUCACUACUCUUGAAAAAUGCUACCUCGCUGCACAGCAUGAAGCCAUGUCUGUGUAUGACCUCAAUGAUAAACUUGAAAAUGAAAUUGCAAAGAAAGAUUCUAUGCAUCGACAGACUGAGGAUAAAAACCGCCAGUUACAGGCACGGCUGGAAUUAGCGGAGCAAAAGCUGCAGCAGACCAUGAGGAAAGCCAAGACACUCCCAGAAGUGGAGGCAGAGCUGGCCCAGAGGGUGGCAGCGCUCUCGAAGGCUGAAGAGAGACAGGGCAACAUUGAAGAAAGGUUAAGACAGAGGGAGGCACAGCUGGAGGAAAAGAACCAAGAACUGCAGCAGGCAAGGCAGAGAGAAAAAAUGAAUGAAGAGCAUAAUAAACGUUUAUCAUACACUGUUGACAAGCUUCUUUCAGAAUCGAAUGAGAGGCUCCAGCUUCAUCUGAAAGAGAGAAUGGCUGCUCUAGAAGAUAAGAAUUCUCUGUUACGAGAAGUUGAAAAUGCAAAAAAGCAACUGGAAGACACACAACAUGAUAAGGAUCAGCUCAUCCUAAACAUUGAAGCAUUGAGGGCUGAACUAGACCAAAUGAGACUAAGAGCUGCUUCACUUCAUCAUGGCCGACCCCACUUGGGCAGUGUCCCAGAUAUCAGAUCCCCUGUGGCAGAGAGUCACACAGAUUCCUACAGCACCAGUGCAGUGUUGUGGCGCCCCCAGAAAGGCCGCCUAGCUGCUCUACGGGAUGAGCCUUCCAAGGGACAAACUCUUAAUGAACAGGAUUGGUAACGUGCCAAACAGGCUAGUGUCUUAGCAAACGUAGCACAAGCUUUUGAGAGCAAUGUCGAUGUGUCUGAUAGUGAAGAUGACAGGGACACUCUACUCAGCUCAGUUGAUCUGUUGUCACCCAGUGGACAGGCUGAUGCACAGACAUUAGCCACGGAGCCUCAAGAGCAGCUGGAUGCCAUCAACAAAGAGAUCAGGUUGAUACAAGAAGAAAAGGAAAACACAGAGCAGCGAGCAGAGGAGAUUGGAAGUAGAGUUGGUAGUGGCAGCUUAGAUGAUCUUGGUCGUUUUACAUCAAUGAGCUCCAUUCCGCCCCACCCUGCUUCCUCGCUUGCCAGCUCCUCCCCUCCAGGCAGCGACCGUUCCACCCCAAGGAGGAUUCCUCACAGCCCAGGCAGGGAAGUAGACAGACUGGGCAUCAUGACCCUGUUGCCAGCAUCCAGAGAGGAGGCGCGAGACGACAAGACAACCAUAAAGUGUGAAAGCUCCCCUCAGGCCUCCCCGAGGUCCCUCCGGGGAGACAGGCUGCAUAAGGGGGCAUUGCACACACUCAGCCAUGAGGACGUCAGGGACAGGAGAAACUCGACAGGCUCCCAGGACAGUCCCGUGAGCAAUCCCAGCAGGAGUAACAGCAGCCAAGGCUCGCUCCACAAAGCCCCAAAGAAGAAGGGCAUCAAGUCCUCUAUCAUCUGCUUGUUUCGCAAGAAAGAAAAGGGCCGACGUGGACAACCUGGCAAAGAAUCAUUAGGACAUGCUGGUGUUUCAGAGGCAGAUAAUGCACCUCAAGAUGCCUUGAAACUGAGCCAAUUGGGAGGACAGGCUGAAAAAAAUCGUCAACUUCAAAAAAAGCAUGAAUUGCUCGAUGAAGCCCGAAGACAGGGUUUGCCUUUUGCCCAGUGGGAUGGGCCGACCGUAGUUGUGUGGUUGGAGCUCUGGGUGGGGCUGCCCGCCUGGUAUGUGGCUGCCUGCCGAGCCAACGUGAAGAGCGGGGCCAUCAUGUCGGCCCUGUCGGACACCGAGAUCCGGCGUGAGAUCGGCAUCAGCAACCCCCUGCAUAGGCUGAAGCUGAGGCUGGCCAUCCAAGAAAUCACGUCUCUUACCAGCCCGUCCGCCCCUCCCACAUCACGAACGACACUCGCAUAUGGGGACAUGAACCACGAGUGGAUUGGGAACGCGUGGCUGCCCAGCCUGGGCCUCCCUCAGUACUGCAGCUACUUCAUGCAGUGCCUGGUGGAUGCCAGGAUGCUGGACCACCUGACCAAGAAGGACCUCCGCGGGCAGCUGAAAAUGGUCAACAGUUUCCACAGAAACAGUUUCCAGUGUGGAAUUAUGUGCCUGAGAAGAUUAAAUUACGACCGAAAGGAACUGGAAAUAAAAAGAGAAGAAAUUCAAAAUGAA